GCUUGGCAACAGGUCUCCCGGGCGACGCAAGACGCUGAGCCUGGGUAGUGGCAGCGUGCGGGGAAACCGAGACCCCAGGAGCCAUGGAGAAGAAACCGAUGAGCACCGCGGAGGCCGAGCGCAUGAACCUCGUGGCCCAGGACCAGAUAUGGAGAUGCCGCCUGAAGGCUGAGACCGAGGCACGGCAAAACUGGGCCCAGAACUGGGGAUUCCUAACUACCCCUCUCCAGGAGCUGAUCGAGUGCGAAGACAAGCCCCCCACCCCAAAGCCCAGGAUCGAGCUUCCCCAGAGCUUCCGCAUCCGGCCGGUGACCCCGGUGGAGAAGUACAUCAAGGUCCUUCCGUCGCCCCCGGUGCCGAAGACCACCCAGGGCUUCAUCGGCUGGCGGUCCGGGGUGCCGGGCCUCAACAAGUGCCUGCAGCAGUACGAGGAGCUCAGGAGCUGCAAGGGCGCCUACGCCAGGGAGCUGGGCUGGCCGGAGCAAGGCAUCUACUGAGUCCCCGGGGCCGCGCGGGGCAGACGCCCGUGCCCCCGAAAGAAAGCGCUCCCCGGGGGCCCCUCUGAGGACACAGUUCCCCCCCCCCACAUUUGCUCAUGGAGUGUCACAAAGAACACAGAGCAGCCCUAGGACCUUUUCCAUGCAUCGAUACCUCCCUUCCGGAACAUUCUUGUAACAUUCAUUCUUGUCUGAUGUAAUAAAUAAGGCAAAACUGA